GUUCGGUCCCACCUAUAAGAAAGUGGUUUUUCGGGAGUACGACAAAGACUUCAGACAGGCUAAGAGUCAUCCAUCCUGGUUAGGUUUGCUCGGACCCACACUGCGAGCYGAGCAGGGGGAGACCAUCGUGGUCACGUUCAGAAACAUGGCCAGUGGAACGUACAGCAUGCACCCACAUGGUGUGGCUUAUGGSAAACAGUCAGAGGGGGCCAAUUACUUUGAUAACACGUCUCUAAAAGAAAAAGAGGAUGAUAUGGUUCGUCCUAACGGUGAGCAUGUUUACUACUGGGAGGUGACCCCAGAUGUUUCACCUCUGCCCGAUGACCCCACCUGUCUCACCUACACUUACAUCUCCCAUCAAAAUGUGGUGCAGGACUACAACUCUGGYCUCAUUGGUGCGCUGCUCAUUUGUAAGCCUGACAGCCUUGAUCAAUCGAGAAGACAGGUUGACCAUGACCAGGAGUUUGUGUUUCUCUUUGGAGUUUUUGAUGAGAAAGAAAGUAUAUACAGCCCAAAUGGUUAUUACCCAGACAACCAUGUCAAAUACACCAUCAACGGAUACACAAAAGGAUCAUUGCCCGAUGUUAGAAUGUGUGCUCAUGCCUCUGUGAGUCUGCAUCUGGUUGGCAUGAGCUCAGAGCCUGAAGUAUUCUCAGUGCAUAUGAAUGGACAAGUGCUGAUCCAGAACGGCCACAAACUGUCUUCAGUGGGAUUGAUCAGUGGCUCGUCKGCUACCAUCAGCCUGGUGGCUCCACACACAGGUCGCUGGCUACUGUCCUCACACACCUUCAAGCACAUAGAAGUUGGUAUGCAUGGUUUUGUGGAUGUAAAGAAAUGUGAAGGCUUUGAGGAACCGGUGCGAAAAAUGACAAUUGCUGAACAACGACAAAGCAAAGAGUGGACAUACUAUAUAGCUGCGGAAGAAAUUCUUUGGGACUAUGCACCCAACUUACAAGAACACACUGAUGAAGACUUCAAGCUUCAGUACUUGGAGCGGACAUCAACGCGUAUUGGUGCCAAGUACACRAAGGCAGUAUACACACUAUUUACAAAUGAAUCAUUCACUGAAAAGCUAGAGCCAAAACAACGGAGGAGUGAGCUUGGAAUCUUGGGUCCAGUAAUCAGAGCACAAAUCAGAGAUGUCAUCAAGAUAGUUUUUAAGAACAUGGCCUCAAGACCCUACAGUAUCUACCCACAUGGCCUGACAAUAGAAAAGUCAGAGGAGGGAGCCAACUAUCCAGAAGGAGGAAACCAGUCCCAUGCUGUCCAGCCAGGUGAAACACACACCUAUACMUGGAAGGUACUUCAGGAGAAUGAGCCUUUGGACAGUGAUUCGCGAUGUCUGACACGAAUGUACCACAGUGCUGUGGACACACCACGUGACAUCGCAUCAGGUCUUAUAGGCCCCAUCCUCAUCUGCAAGAGUCAGUCCCUUAAUGUCAGGAAUGUACAGGUGAGGGCAGAUAAGGAGCAGCAUGCAGUGUUUUCAGUGUUUGAUGAGAACAAGAGUUGGUACCUGGAUGAUAACAUUCGACAGUACUGUGAUCGAUCCAAAGUCAACAAGGCUGACCCAGAGUUUUACAAGUCCAAUAUCAUGCACACAAUAAAUGGUUAUGCCUUUGAGAGUGGGCCACUCUUAGGCUUCUGCAAUGGUGAGGUUGCAACAUGGCAUGUGUCCAGCAUUGGAGCACAGGACUACAUUCAAACAGCUACCUUCUAUGGCCAUCCUUUUGAACUAAAUGAGAGAACAGAAGACUUCCUUAGCCUCUAUCCUAUGACUGGGGAGACCAUCACUAUGAGCAUGGACAACAUUGGUGUCUGGCUUUUGGCUUCUCUAAAUUCCCAUCAAACAACAAAAGGAAUGCGUGUGAAGUUCCAAGAUGUUGAGUGCUAUCGUGACUACCAAUAUGAGUAUGAAUAUGAUGUUCCAAAAAGCACAUUCAAUAUAUGGAAACUAAAUAAUGUUACAAACGACAAGGAAGACAAACCAAACCUUGUAACRACAAAAACAAACGAACCAGAUUAUGACACAGACAAUUAUGCAGAAGAACUAGGUCUCAGGUCACUGAAAAAACAGUUAGGUGGCUCAGAUGCAGAGGAACUGGACUUGUCUCUUUUUGAUUAUGAUGCCAUUGAUGUGCCUYUUGGAAAUAUGAACAUCAGUCUCAAUUUUAAGGAGACAAAAAAUAAAACUGGCAUGGAUUCAAAGCUGGAUGCAAUGAAUAACACAUAUUUUUCAAACUGGAAAAAGAUGGAUGACGUAAACCUCACAGAAUCAUUUGUUCUAGACAACAGCUUCAGUGGGAAUGCAGAACAUACACAGAAAAACAGUACCAAAAACAUUUUUGAUAAUUCUUCAGURCAUCAAACAGAGAACACAAAUGUAUUGCUACAGAAUAACAUCACAUCAUCUACAAAUAAGACUUAYUCUACAACGGUGCCAAAUUUUGACAAUGUUACUGUUUUUGACUCCAUGAAUACAACAGUUUGGAAUGCUACUGUUUUUGGAAAUGUGAUCUCAGAUGGUUUAACUGCUGCUCUACAGGAMUCUACAAAUCAUACCAUAACAAUACAACAGAUAACCAUUAAAACUACAGAGAUACAAGAGACUUUGAAUUUAACCACACCACAGAUUACUGAUCUCCCUGUAACAGUACUAGAAAAUUCAACCUUUAUCUCWAAAAAUGAAACAAUGAAUGCAAGCUUGUCUGGUGAUAGCUAUGCAUCUAUAGAUAUAAAUCUUGAGGACUCUGAGGAAGAACAUGAAAGAGGGGACAACUUCAUUUACAGUGUGCCUUUGUCCAAGUCCAUCAAUUCUACCCUAAACAAUAUCCCAAGGAGCAAUGUAUCUGAAAUAACAAUUUUACAGAAUGCAACACGGGAGGAUGAUAAUGAAACUACAACAAAGCAUUUCAACAUGUCAGCACUUGAUGCCAAAAAGGUUAACACCAGCAGUAUAGUCAGAAAUAAUAUGACCAUUUUUGAGUUGGAGGUUGCAAACAUAACCAGCAAUGAGAGUAAUAAAUUGAAUGCAACCGCACAGCAAGAAAAUGAAACAGAAGUAAAUUCUGAUAAGUUUGUAACUGUUACUGCCAAUUCAAGCCUUGAAAAUGCAACAYGUAUUUUGCUCUUAAAUGAGUUGUUGAAAAAUGACACGGUGAAUGUAUCCAGAUCAGAUUUACCAGGACGGGCCACCGAGAAAAGUCAUGAUUCUGAAGUUCUGAUUGUUCCUGUCAAUUCCAGCCUUGAAAAUGCAACACAAAUUUUGCCUCAAAAUGAAUCGUUAAAAAAUGUCACRGAUAAUGUAACCAGAUCAGACUCAUUAGGAAGAAAUACAGAGGAGAGAACGGUCAUCACAGCAAUUCUUGAUGACAUGACCAACAUAUCUUCUGUGGAAAGUAACUCCAGUGAGAUCGUAGGUUUAUCUAACAUAUCCCUCCCUGUAAGUACUUUAAAACCAAUCAGUUCUGAUGAGUUGGGCAGUGAAGAACUGUAUAUCUACCGCAAAGAAAACAGAACAGAGGCUAUUAAAACAUCCUCCGUUAGAACACAAGGACACAACUGGGCUUAUGAUGGAACACAUUCCAUAGUACCUCAGCAGAUUCCUGACGACAUGAAGAAAUACUUUGAGACUGUGGUGCCUCAAACAACUCCACCUCCUAAAAAAUCAAAGAAAAUCACUCUCCGACAAAGACCCCAAAAAGGCCAAGGUUUGAAAACAAGGAGGAGGAAGGAAUACCAGCCUCAGGCCAGGAGUGGUUUACCCUUUUCCCCUCGGGGAUUCAAUCCAGGGAUGACCCCCCGUGGGGCAAGGCCUUCUGCACCACAGCCUGUCUCUGAUGAGGAGGAGUUGAUUAACAUGCCGGUGGUCAUUGGUGUGCCACGACCCGACUUCAGUGAGUAUGAUCUGUAUUCUGGAGAUAGAAAAGACCAUCUUGACAUGAAUCAACCAGAUGUGGCCCUAAAUGAAUAYGAGUAUGUGAUGUACAAAGACCCAUAUAGUAGUCACGAAGAUGUCAAGAAUCUCAAUCUGGAUGAAACUAACAAGCAUUAUCGGAAGUUAUCAGGCCCAAAUGUCAAGACAUAUUUUAUUGCUGCAGAGGAGGUUGAAUGGGACUAUGCUGGCUACGGGCACAGGAGGCAAGAAAAGUCACAGUUUACUAAUCAAGAAACUACAUUCACCAAGGUGGUUUUCCGAGGUUACCUGGAUAGUAGCUUCACAACUCCUGACAUUCGGGGAGAGAUGGAUGAGCAUCUUGGCAUAUUAGGGCCUGUCAUCAAAGCUGAGAUUGGACAAACCAUCAUGAUUGUUUUCAAGAACAAGGCAAAUCGACCAUACUCUUUACACCCUAAUGGGGUUUCCUAUACAAAACUGUCUGAGGGUCUGUCUUAUGAAGAUGGCUGCAAAUAUUGGUAUAAAUAUGACAAUGARGUUCAACCCAAUACUACCUUCACAUAUUUAUGGAAGGUCAGUUCUAUGGUUGGUCCAACAUCUGAGGAGUCUCAGUGUCGGACCUGGGCAUACUACUCAGGUGUUAAUCCUGAAAGGGACAUCCAUUCAGGCUUAAUUGGACCUUUGCUGGUGUGUCAUGAAGGUACCCUGCACAACAACACCUUGCACAGAAUGACGGAGUUUGUUCUCCUUUUCAUGACCUUUGAUGAAUCACAAAGCUGGUACUACAACAAGAACUAUGAGCUCAUUCAGCGGAAGAGCCGAAGAAGAACUCUGGAUACAAACCAUGAGAAAUUCAAGUUUCACACUAUCAAUGGAAUAAUAUACAGCCUUAAGGGCUUGAGGAUGUACUCCCAACAGCUUGUGCGCUGGCACUUGAUCAAUAUGGGUUCCCCCAAAGACUUUCAAAGUAUUUACUUCCAUGGACAGACAUUCAUCCACAAGAUGACCAAAGACUACAGACAGGCUGUUUACCCUCUGCUGCCAGGGAGCUUUGCAACACUGGAGAUGUAUCCAUCCAAACCUGGACUGUGGCAACUGGAGACAGAAGUUGGUUUAGCCCAACAGAGGGGCAUGCAGACCCUCUUUCUCAUUGUUGAUAAUG